UCAACUGAACCGAAAUUCCAAAUUUCCGACCGAAAAACUACAAUUGCAACCUCCAAAUGGUGGAUUUUUAUAUUUAUAAUUGUUUUUUUACUUAAAUAUUUGAAAUGUUAUAUGACUUAUGUGCUGAAAAGUUUCAUUUUAUCAUUGAUUAUGCAUAUAAUUGCAUAUUUAUUGUUUAUAUUAGGAGUGAAAAAUAAUUUAAAAGUGAGAAUAUACAAGUAGCCUCACAAAUUCGGUAUUGUGUUAAAAAUCGAACUAAACCGAAUUAUAAAUCUGUUUAAACCGACCGAACCGAAUUAUAAUUCGGUUCGAAUUCGGUUUGAGGUUUGGGAGAAUUCGGGGACCCGGUAUUCAUAAUUUCGGUUCGGUCUCGACCGAAUGCCCACCCCUAGCCGUGCCCUCGACAGUGUUUUGCCCAGAAUCGGGUUUUUGAGGCAGAUUCAAGCCAAAGGAAAGGGGGAGCUGGGUUUUGGAUCCGAAACACCCAAGGGACGAACCAAAGAGAGAGAGGGUGAUUUGAGGGCAUUCUAAGAGUGGAAUUGGAGGAUUUCUUCGCCUUGGAAGCUCGAGGAACAAGCCCAGACUUGAAGACUGAUCAUCUAAAGAUUCUUACUGCAGUCUCUCUCUUCUCUAUGGAGUAACUUCCCUUCACUUAGGUUUUGAGGAACCCUAGCCAUGUUUGUUUGAUUGGAUGAUUGUAUGAGUACUCCUACUUGAUAAUCUUGAGUUCAUAUUCAAUCUAUGCAUGUUUUCAUGAUUCAAUUCUGCUUUAGUCGAGAUUAUUGAUUCUGCUUUGAUCCUAUGAGAGCGAAUACCUGAUUAGGUCAAUAGAGCACCAUAGAUUGAUAGUAUUGGAUCGAUUGCUUUAGUCUAGGGUGGAUUCACUACUUUGUAUCGAUUGAGAACCUCUUUCGAUAGAGGGAGUUGAGUUCAGAACACCUUGAUCGGCUGUUCUAGAGAAGGAUACGUCCCUCUAGGCAAUUGACUCAAGAGGACCUUGUUCCUUUAGUCGAGACUCAAGGUCUAGUCAAGGAUUCUCCGCAUUGUGAAUGAAAGUGAAACAGGUUAGAGAUCAUCAAUCAUUACUCUGGCUAGUGGCUAGGGGGAAUCAUACCUAAGUGAGUUCCCAACCUGCAAUUAGAUUAACUUUAACUGUAGUUUGCUAGAGUAGUUUUAGUUCUUUCAUCUUAAUCUGGUUUGCUAGAUAAUGAACUGAAUCUGAGUAAUAGUAACUCUAGCAACCCGUGGAUUCGAUAUUUAUUACUUGAACCACUAUACUGCAUUCCUUUUCAUUGUUUACACUUGACCUUUGUUAGGAGUUGUGUCAUAACGAGUCACCUCAUCACCAAUUUAUGGUGGAGCCAAAAGGGCGAUGAAAAGUGUGCUCAUUGGCUCAGACGGGAGGAGAUGGCGGUCCCGAAGAGUGAAGGUGGAAUGGGAUUUCGCUAUCUGGGUGGGUUUAAUGUGGCUUUGUUAGCUCGGCAGUUGUGGAGCAUGGCGGCACACAUUAUGGCACACUGUGAUAUGAGCUGGGAUUCUCCAGUAGUGUGGGUUGAUAGUCCUCAAAAUUUCCUUAUUAAUCAGCUGAUUUUGGACAAUGUAACGAUCUCUUCUGAUUAAUAAGAUAAGCAGAUUUCCAUAAAAAAAAGGUUAGAAGACUUCAUUAUUAAUCAGGAUGUUACGUACAAUGGGCUCGUUCUUUAACUAGGAAUUUGGAGCAUUCCUAUGACCCAUUCUUUAAGAAGGGAGCGCAGUAGUAGUGUUGCUUGCUUCCGCCUUCGUGGAUGCCCAUGGGCCUUGCUAUUCUCAUUUGGGCCAAAGAAAAUAUAACAUGUUUUAUGUCAGUUCUUGCUUUCACUCUUUGGCUAGAGAGAAGUUCAAUGGAGCGGACAACUUUCCAUAUAUAUUCCACAAAAGAAAAAUAAAGAAAGAAGUUUGUUUUCUUGAAGUACAACUAAAAAUUCAAAUUCCUACUCAUACUAAUUUGUGCUUUAGUUUGCCAUGAAGCAUUGCCAUCAUCGGCCAUCUGAAGAAGGUUGUCUUUCAAUUUCCGAAUAGGUGUUCUCUUUACAAGUGUUCCAAAAGUUUAUUUCCAUUCUUUCGUUGGUGUGUCCCUUUCUUGCAGAUUUCUCAAGGCAUGUUUUGAAGAAUUUGAUAACGCGGAAUUAAAAAUGAAUACAUAACACGAGACAAGGGGUUUUACGUGGUAUUCUCGAUCGAUUGAUUGAUCGAGAGUAAUCCACGGUGAGCUCGGAAGAGCUCACGACAGACGUUUUAUUAUUUGAGGACUACAUCUUGAUAGCUUGCUUACGACAGGUUCGUAGCUAAGUCUUAUAUAAAGAUAUACUAGGGUUAAAACCCUAUUGACAACCAAGUUUCCUUCUUUGACAAGGACAAGGAAACAAGGGACUUGGAGGACAAGGAAUUAAUUAUUUUUGACUAAAUAAUUAAUAUCCUCAACACUCCCCCUCAAGCGAAGACAUGAGUGACAAGAAUAUCGAGCUUGAAAAAGGAAAUGUAACGAACAAGCAUGACAAGCUUGAACAACAAAACUCGAGAUGAAUAACAUCUCGAACGAGGUUGAUUUGGAGACAGUUAACUCUCUCCCUUGAACAACCUGAUGAAGACGGUUGACUACAUCUUCUUGAACGUCGUUACAGAGACGGUUGAUUACGUCUCUUGAACGAUCUGACGGAGACGAUUGACUGUGUCUCUUGAAUGACUUGACGGAGACGAUUGACUACGUCUAUCCGUAUGAUAUGGUGGAGAUGGUUGACUGCAUCUCUUGAACGACUUGACUCUCUAUUCUCCCCCUCAAGCUGACGCAUGAACGAUGUGAAUGCGCAGCUUGAAAGUUAGAAUGGUGAUGACUUAACAUUGAACGAUGUUGAAUGCUGAGGGGACGAUCGUUACUGGGAUCGUGACUGCCUCGCUUUAUGACUUGACCAUUUUUUUUUUUUGAAGAAAACUUUAUCUCCCCAACAAUAUCUAUUGAAGAGACAAUGACUAACAACAUUAACACGUCCCCCUCAAACGAAAGCCACUCACAAGGGCUGGAAGUUUGCACAUGUCUGAAGAUAAGAAUACCAUGUGCUUAACAAAUGGGGGUCAUUGGGAAUCGAACACAAGACCUCUCGGUCACAGAAGGCUCUGAUACCAUGUCAAGAACCAGUUGAUCCCAAUAACUCGAGUUGUUGGGAGAAGGUUCUGCUGGAACUUAUACAACUCGCUAACACGCCCCCUCAAACGAAAGCCAACCCAUGGGCUUGAAGUUUGCACAGGCCCACCAUACCUUGUGCUUUAAUCAACUGUUAAUAUUGGG